CACGAGGUCAGCUUGGACGUUGCAAAUCAAGUCUAGGACCUCUACCUUGUUCUGUAUACAUCCGGACAUUGAUCUGGCGUGUAGAGUGUAGAGCUACCCUAUGCUCUGUAGCUAGUUUCUAGCCUUGGAUCUCUUUGCCCCAGCACGGCAUCGCUUAGAGCUACUCAAUCCUGUCACAGCCAACACACACUCAGCAUCGCUACUUCAGAUCAUGAUUUCCUCAUCGUGGUCGCUCCCUCGGAGCGAGACCGCUGAGACCGCUGCAAGACUGUUGGAAAACUCUGACAGUAAUUCAGAAGAUGCCGGAAAAGUCUUCACAUCAGCCCGUCUCAUCAACCGCCUUCUGAGCGGUGACAUUUUGCGUCCAGGUCAGGAAGCAUGUCGUCCAGAGGGACAUCAACUCCAACUCCUCCCCAGUCAAACAGGCAAAACGGGAUGGGGUUCGACCGAGGAGUUUCUUUCCUGUGUUUGUGAUCAAUGCUUGCACCAUUUUCGCUUCAAAGUCACUAAUGGUCCCAACCCAUCACCACUUGAGAACUACCACAAGAUGAAGAUGCACAUGUUCCUGCUCACCGGCCGCGAUAGCGACACGAUGCUAAAGGCGACCCGAACCAAACAGGACCACGUCACUGACAGAGUUCACUUUAUGUGCAUCAUUGAUGGGUGUGAUUGCAAGCUACAGAUCGAGCGACUUCCCCCUCGCAUCAGCGCAAAAGAGUUCAACACUCUCAUGGACGAGUCCCGACUUGUUGAGAACAUUAGAGAGGCACGGCUUCAAGAUGCCGAUAGAAUCGACAGCUUACUGACGAAAUGGAAUCCGAAUGCAGAAGGCGUGGUUGGCAUGCUGUGUCAAUAUUUGGUCGACGGAAUCCAAGAACCUCGACUUAUUAAGACUCAUAACAAAAAGUUCAUGAUCGCUUUCAAGGACGACUUCGACGACCUAUGGCGCACUCUUGGCUGCACCAAGAAAACGCUCAAGACGGAAGGCGAACCUGAUGAGGAGGCUUGGCAAUUUCCUAGCCUCGGGGUUCCUGUCUCUCCGACAGCCUUUGGAACGCUUAGAGCCAAGUGGGAAGAUUUCGAAGCUGAAUGCAUGAUCUACUACAAACAAGCACAGACCCUGAAAGAUGGCCAACGUACUUACAAAGAGAUAGCAACUCCGCGAAGGACCAGGCCGGCCUUUGAGUUACUGAAGCGUCUUCUCGGAUGCCAAUACGAACCACUCGACAACAAUCCAUCCCUCAACGAGGAGGACUUGGUCUUGUUAGGUUGUUUGGCCAAUUUCAAGCCUAGUCUUUAUGCCGACGCCGCCAAGAUUCUUGUACAGAAAUGCCCAAUGCGAUGGCAGGAGUUUCUCGAUGCUGGUGGUCGACUCAUUGGUGAACAGAAUUCCGACGUGGCUUUCGAUCUUAUGGUGUUCAGGUCAGAAGUAGAAUCUAAACCAAAGCCUCUAGAUGCGCAGACCAUGGUAGAAGUAGUGGAAGCAUACAAAUACCUCGGCGCGGAUCUGGAUCAAAAGUCUGCCGACUACUUCAUCGAGAAGUAUCUGAAUCAAACAUCAGAAGCGGGCAAGGAUGUUGCUAUCCAUCACCUUGCCAAGAUUGGCAAGUAUCUCGACAAAGAUCUCCUGACUCCAGUGGGGGCUGGAGGGGGCGUGACCUCGAAGAUGACACGGGUCCAAGCGGCCGAUAUCUUAGGCGCUGAUAUCGAGUAUCCUCAUGAUCUCUUGCAGCAAUUGGUGAACAACAAAGCACAAGACCCGACGGUAGACCGGGCAAAAGUUGCAGAGGCUCUUGAGGUCCUCGCCGACCAUGCCCGAACUUUGAACGUGGAUCUUGCCGACAAGCUGAACAACUGGGCAGGGCUUUUCAAGGCAAGCGAUGAACCAGGCCAUAGGGGCGCGUCUCAUCAGCCGGCCCAGGAACAACCUUCUGACACCAGCACUCCACCCGGUCUUGGUAACAUCGGGAACACAUGUUACUUGAACAGCUUGCUGCAGUAUAUCUACACUAUAACUCCUUUGCGAGAUCUUGUUCUGCGAUACCCACAGGAUAGUCUCAACCUCAGCGUGGAGAGUGUCGCGCAGCGAAAACUGGGCUAUGGCAACGGUAUUGAGGUUAGUCUUGACGAGGCCAUUGUUGGAAAGAUAUUUGUUGAGCUGCUGCAGUCGCUUUUCCGGGAUCUCCUCACAACUACGGCAGUGGAAGUACGACCACCCCAAAAACUAGCAAACACGGCGCUACGCUCAGCUUCGGAGCUUCUGAAGAUGCCGCUCCAACAGCCCGACACCAAGCCACCACCCCUGCCGGCACGUCCGUCGCCGGCCCCUCCCCAAGCCACUUCUGCAGAUACCAACAACGUGAAUGUCACUGUGGAGCCCGUCAAUGAAUCCUUGGAGACUGCGAGUAUUGUGAGCUCCCAGACACUAGUUGACGAUGAAGGUCCAGCCAUACCCGAGAUACAAAACGAGGAUCACCAGCUCGAUGAUAUGUCCCAAGACGCCAAACCUGCGCUCUUGGACGGCGACACUCCAAUGGUAGAUGUCAAUUCCUCGGCCGACACACCUCCCAAGGAGCUCUCGCUGGAACAAAAGAUUGAGGUCAUUAGUCACCGACUGGAACAAUCCGAGAGACAAGGGACUGAACAACAAGAUGUUGAGGAAAUUAUCGGUUUUAUCUUGGAACACCUGAUGCGCGCGAUAUCUUCUAGUGGCCCAAUGCCAGGCAAGGAAGAUUUGCAGUCAGACACCAUUACGAAAACCUUUUUCCCUCUGAUAGUCAACUACACUGUGAACAAGAUGGCGGAGUCUAAUGAGGAGGCUUACAAAAGCGCUAGACAGGAGCUCAUCCCCGAUAGAUGGAUCAACGCCUUCCCGGCUGAGAAGCCAGGUGUUUCGUCGACGAUACACGAUGCACUCAGUCGCUCUUUCGGCAUACAGUUUGUCGCUGAUAGCGACCUCGGAAGAUUUUCGACUAUUCGUCAACUCUCGCCGAUUGUGCAUAUCCGGAUUCAGCGCGCAAAUGCUACAAGUAGUGGUGCAACGAAGAACAGUAACCCUGUGCGCUUGACGGACGAGCUGUUCUUCGAUCGCUACAUGGAUGCGCAACAUGAUUCUGAGCUGGCACAGCAGCGACAAAAGCUCUGGUGUCUUCAAGGUCAUGACAAGGGCCUUGAGGAAAGCAACCGUGACACUGGUACUUUUCCAGUCCAAACUCAACCGACUAUUGUUAACGAUGACGGCGAGGAUCUCUCAACUGGUCAAUACCUUGAUUCGGAUGACGAAAUGGUUGAGGCUAUACUGCAAGAAUUGCCCCUUCGUUCCUCUGCUUCUAUUCUUUCUGAAAAGAGGAAGUCUGACAGUCAGCCGACGAAUGAGACUGAUUUUCAUGCGACGAAAAAGAGAAGUCUGACACCGUCUACAACAGCUUCUCUCAUGCAGGCUGCGACCUUGCUUCUAAAUGGAGCCAGCAUCAAUGGCGUGCAAGACACUAAAUCUCUCGGAGAUUCCAAAGAGAGUUACGAAAAGUAUUUCGAUGGACUGACUGAGCACAAAUAUCGACUCCAUGCGGUUAUUUGUCACUCUGGUGGCGCUAGAGCCGGCCACUAUUGGGUUUGGAUACGCGACUUCCGUCGAAACAGGUGGAUCAAAUUCAACGAUGGCCGUGUGACUAUUGAUCCUCGCAGGCCGGAAGAAGUGAUCGACCAGCUCAAUGAGAGUGGCGACCCUUGCUAUGUGGCAUACGUGCGAGAUAACGACAAGGACAACCUCGUGGGAAUUCCUGAACGUACUCCAAUGGUGGCACAAUCAAAUGGACGCGAGGCAACCAUGGAAGUUAUUGAAGGUGUCGCACCUCAAGACACUGAUAUGCCAGACCUCUUUCCUGUUGGUAAACAUAUCGCAACGGAGAAUGGCAUAGUUGAAACACAGGAAUCCCGGCCCUACGAGCUCUUCUAGGAGAAUAGUGACAAGCAUGAAAUGCCAACUGACUACAUGUCAGAGCAUGAACGGAACUUUUUUCAACUACCCGACAUCCAAAGCAAGCUCAACAGAAU